GCGAAGGCAGACGAACAGCGAAGAAUGGAGAGAGCUGCUAAUGUCGCUCCGCUGAUAGUGUGAAGCAUCGUUAACAACAACAGAAAAGCUCGCCUCUGAGCUCCAGGCACCGCUGAACCCUUGGCGUAGCAGAUACACGCGUUUUGUCCGGUUCGUUUGGAUUUAUGACGUUGAAGGUCUUGCACCUUCUGCUUCCUGUGACAAAUGUUGAUGCCAGAAAUCAGUCUCUUCAACAACUGUUAGAGGCGACAGGGUGAGGACAAGGAGGAGUGUUGGUUAGCCGUACCAGGUUUUGUCUCAUGAGCGUGACUGUGCCGUCCAGGCUCUGCCAGUGACCCGGGCUGUGGCUGUGGUGGGCCCGGCCCAGGAGGCCUUUUUGUACAUCACUCCAGGCUCCCACUGACCUGUGCUGCCCACACCAUGGAUCAGCAAAGAGAUAAAUAUGGUGAACGGCCUGCCCGGAGCACGAAAGUUUCCCAGGGCAGCCGUAGUGGACACUCGUCACGACCAUCUGGCUCUUCGAGCUCCUCGGGGGUCCUCAUGGUGGGGCCAAAUUUUCGUGUGGGCAAAAAGAUUGGCUGUGGAAACUUUGGUGAAUUGAAGCUUGGUAAAAAUCUCUACACCAAUGAGUAUGUAGCUAUCAAACUGGAGCCAGUGAAGUCGAGGGCACCACAGUUGCAUUUAGAGUACCGGUUCUACAAAACACUGGGAAAUACAGCAGAAGGAGUGCCUCAGGUGUUUUACUUUGGGCCCUGUGGGAAAUACAAUGCCAUGGUUCUGGAGCUGCUGGGCCCGAGUCUAGAGGACCUCUUUGACCUUUGUGACAGGACCUUCUCACUGAAGACUGUCCUAAUGAUAGCAAUUCAGUUGAUUUCUCGAAUGGAGUAUGUGCACUCUAAAAACCUAAUCUAUAGAGAUGUAAAACCUGAAAACUUUCUCAUUGGACGGCAAGGAAAUAAAAAGGAACACAUUAUCCACAUCAUUGACUUUGGCUUGGCCAAAGAAUACAUCGACCCCGAGACCAAAAAACACAUUCCAUACAGGGAGCAUAAGAGUUUGACUGGCACUGCUCGGUAUAUGUCCAUCAAUACACAUUUAGGCAAAGAGCAAAGCCGGCGAGAUGACCUCGAGGCCUUAGGCCACAUGUUCAUGUAUUUCCUUCGUGGGAGUCUACCUUGGCAAGGACUAAAGGCCGACACAUUGAAAGAGCGAUACCAGAAGAUCGGAGACACAAAACGAAACACUCCCAUUGAAGUCCUCUGUGAGAACUUCCCAGAGGAGAUGGCCACCUACCUGCGAUAUGUGAGACGAUUGGACUUCUUUGAAAAGCCAGACUAUGAAUAUCUGAGGACUCUAUUCACUGAAUUGUUUGAGCGUAAAGGAUACACCUUCGACUACACUUAUGACUGGGUUGGCCGGCAGAUACCGACACCUGUGGGGUCUGUGCACAUAGACUCUGGAGUGUCUGCUGUCACGAGAGAGAGCCACCCUCACAGAGACCGGCCCUCGCAGCAUCAACCAAUCAGAAAUCAGACAGCAGCCUCAGAUCGACGAGGAGCAUGGGAGCUGCAGCCCACACGCCAAGCAAACUCUUCCUAUUUGACCUCUCACCUGGCAGCGGACAGGCACGGGGGAUCAGUGCAGGUGGUGAGUUCAACCAACGGGGAACUGAAUGCAGAUGAUCCACUGGCAGUUCAUUCCAAUGCUCCGAUUACAGCUCAGGCAGAGGGGGAAGUGGUCGACGAGGCAAACUGCGUGAAAAUGCUCAACCUGUGGUGCUGCUGUUUCUUCAAGCGAAAACGAAAGAAGAACACGCAGAGGCACAAAUGAUCGUCCACCACCGGCCCGAAAUGUUCCGAGUGUCCGGCUCAGCUGAUUGUGAUUCCAGAAAUCAACAAAGGUCCCAUUCAGAAUCAAACAAGGGAGACGACCAAAAGAUCUUGAUUGAAUUUUCCUCUCAACAGGAACAGUUUAAAGGGGUCUGAGAUGUUCAAGAGGCUUGUGUCUUUUGAUUGGAGUCCUAUUCAGGAGACCUAUUUGUUGGAUUUUUGUCAGGGGAUAAUCUUGUUUUGCUUUUUAGUUUUCAUUCACUCCAAGAUGCCCCACAUUUGUAUUUUUCUCUCAAUGUUUUUUUUUUAAAUGUGUGUUUAUUGGCUGUGCUGUUGCAAAGGCAGAGACCGAUCUUCCUGCGUGGUCUUGCCACCUCAACCUGUUGCAUACUAAGAUUUCUUUAUUUAACCCACUAAAUCUUCAUGUCUCCUCUGUCUGGUCUCAUUUCAACAUGGUUUGCCUGUCACUAGUAUCUUUACUAGUUUUCAUACAAAGCCUUUUUGGUCAUUCCUGACAAGAGGCUGAAUGUAAACCUGAACCCAUGAAGAGCCAAUAGUGUAACAGCGCAUCAGUCUGCCGGCCCCUGCACUUUUGUUUUUCUUUCCUCCAACGAGAUGGGUCCUGGAACUGGGACCUGAGCCUGAGAGAACAGAAGACCACAGACGUCUUUUGCACUGUGUUCUCUCGGGAUGAUUUCUGCUCUUGCUGCUUGGUUAAGGCUCCCCACUUAACCACGCCGCUCUCAAAACACACUACAGUCUCUUUUGUCUCAUGCAGUUUUGCUCCUGUCGGCUUUGUGGUGAUGAGCAGCAACCUGACACUUGUAGAUGUGGUGGGGGAAAAAAAACAAACAAAACAAUAUGCUAUUUAUGCUAUUUAUCUCUUGGUUGCCACCAGUUUUCUUACUAAUUCUUACACAUACACACUGAAUGUAUGGACAGUAAAGUAAAUGACUUUGGAGCAUUCAUAUAAUCUGUUAUGCGCAUGGAAAAGAAAUUGCAGUUAAGGAGGAGUUAAGACCAAUGUUUUUAAAAAAUGAAAAAAGUCAGACCAAAAUCAAGUGGGUUUGUGGGUUGGAGAAUCUUAAUUGCUCAUGAUCCUAAUAAUAUGGUGGUUAAUAAUAAUGGACUUAUACCAAUAGACACUGGGAUAUGUUUCUUUGGAGCGUUGAUAAACUGGCGCCAUGUGCUUUGGAGAUUAAAUCACAGCCUCUCAGCGCUGCUGUCCAAUGCCUUAACCCCAACCAGUCGACCACUGCGCCACACAACACCACGCUGUUUGAGAAAUGAGUCGGCAAAUGUUUAGGUUCUCCUGCAUAAUAAAGCCCAAUGUUGCCAACUGUUCCGAGAUGGAAUCAGAGUAGUUAUCGACUCCCUGUGAGACACUGACGAUGUAUUCUCAAGAGACUGAUGCCCGACGUUAAGGUUUGGUGUACCCCCCUCGCCCCCGCGGGUCGAGUCGGAAGUCUCCUGUGCUGCAAACCGCUGUUUGAUGUUUGGGUAUCUCUCCUCAGUGUCGACUUAGAAAAACCUAAUCUCACCUUGAGGACAGAAUAGAAAAUGUCCAUACCAUUUUUUUUAUAUAUCUAUUUUAAUUUAGUGUCACGGAGGACUGCCUUGAACCGAUAUCCUCUAUUCCUCUCCUUGCCUAUCCUUCAAACAGAAAGUGGAUUACCAUACAAAGGUGUUUUAUUUUUUUAUUAUAUCUUGCUAAUGUGAAUGUUGUUGUUUUUUU